CUGAAAAAUCGUCCGAUAAUCAAAUGCUGUCCUACACAAACGUAACGUCGAAUGGAAAUAUGUAGACAUGGAUUUUAUGAAACUCCUUGGAGCUGUUUUGGCCGUUUGCUACCAUCCUGGAUCUACAUCGAAGGUAUUCAGCGGUCAAAGGAUAUGUCGCCGUGGGACUGAACGGCCUUGCUACAAAAUUGCUUAUUUUCCAGACGAACGGCUCAGGGUUAGUUUUGAGUUGGCUAGACAGACAUGCCAAAAUGAUGACGGAGAGCUCUUGAGCAUCGAAACAGAAAAUGAGCAACGUCUCGUCGAGAGGUUCGUUCAAGAGCUACGAGCUACUGAUGGAGACUUUUGGCUCGGUAUGCGACGGAGCCAACGCUAUAGAGGAUCACAUGGGAUCUAUUGCUCCUCACUCUACACCUGGCUGGAUAAUAGUGAGGCCACAUUUAGGAACUGGUUGUGGAAUGAGCCCUCAUGUGGCCAUGAGCUGUGCGUGUCGUUGUAUCACCGACCCUCUGUACCCCUUGGCCAGUGGGGAAGCAAUAUGUUCAAAUGGCAUGAUGAAAACUGCAACAAGAAGAAUAAUUUUAUUUGCAAGUACUCUGAAGAAAAGCUGUCUUUCCCUCCCUUAAAAGGAAAUGCAACAGCAUUCACAGAAAAUCCAGUUAUGUCUGUGAUGACAAAACAUCCGUCAGUCACGGUGGAUCAUGAAAAGAUAAAAACAGGCCUCUCUGGAUCCUCUGUGUCUGUUUUAGAUGACACUCUUAAUGUCUAUUACAUACUCCUUGCCACCAUACCCGUUCUGUUGCUGCUGUUGCUUGUGGCCUCUGGAGUUUUCUGCUUCAGGGUCAUGUCCAGAAGAAGAAAGGAACAGAAUGACAGAAUUUAUGCUCAACCAGGGAACUUCAUUUCAGCAGGGAGUCCUAACAAACGCAUUACCCACAUUCCCACCCCAAUCUACUCGCAACCAGGUGCUGACCUGCAUUACAUGUGCCCAGAAAUAAAAACAACAUCAUCCUAUAUCACAUCCAAUAAUAUCCAGUGUGAGGACUAUGAAAAUGUCACAGGAGACAAAGAGUCUGGCUUUGUCACAAAUGCUAUUUAUGAGUCUUGUCGAGGUAACAGAGCCACGGAGACAGGAUGGGUGGAAAAUGAAAUCUAUGGAUACUAAAUUUCUCCACUGACUGAAUAAAGACACUGAUUUUUUUAUCCACCUUACUAUGCAGUCUUUUGGACACCAAACUGUCUGUGUUUGGUUUUGUGUCACGCCUCCUGCUUUGAUGUGUUCUCUGGUGAGCUGAUGUGAAAGACAGAUUGUGAUCCUGCUUAGGCUCAUUGCUGGAGCGUAACCUGGAACCCAAGCCCUCAUAACUAACAGUACAAAGAAACCAGUGGUGUCAUCACCUACUAAGGGCUUCCUGUGUGGAAGCUGGUGUCCGGGAACAGGACAAUCUUUUCGGAAACUGACACGACAGUACUUUGACCUCGCUGUCGAUCUGAACAAUGUCCUCCCUCGGCCUGUGAGAGUGCUGUGUCCAAAGGAUGCCCACUGAUGUUCUGUUGUUUUAUAAAGUUAUUUUCAUUGUAUAUUAUGCUUGGAACAAGCCUUGGGGCAAAACAGUGCUGUGUAAUGUGC